AGCCAAUCAGGGCGCCGCUGCCGCCAACAUCUGGGGCACUUGGAAACGGGUGGGCAGCGGCUGAUGCUGGGAGCGCAAUGGAGCGCCUGGGAUGGGGGGGGAGGAUGAUGCCUCCUCUCUCCUAGGAUGAGGCACCGGCCAGGUUGGGCAGAGCGGACCGCUGCACCAUGGGGAUGAAGCCGGCCGGCCCAUCAUGACAACAUGCGUCUCUCGCGGGUCUGUGGCCAAAAGUCUCCUUCUUUACGAGGACAAGCCCUUUGGCAAGUGGCAGGAAGCCCCCCCGGACGGCUUGCCGGCCCUGAACCUGCACUGCUUCGGCAGGAUGGAUUCCUUCGUCACGGUGUCGGCGUGCGACGCGCCUUCCGGACCUGACGAGGUCCCGCCGGAGGAUAUGGGUCAGGAGGAGCCCAUGGAAGCCUGCGAGGAUCUGCCGGUAGCCCUCGAAUCCGGACAAAAAGGUUUCCUCGAAGAGCCUCCGGACGCUUCCCCGAGAGAGACGAGGGAACCCCGAAUCAAACUGAACCUUUCGAGUCGCAAGCUUUCCCUCCAGGAAAGGUCUCAGUCUGUCCAGUCGCCUGGCGCAAACGCGGGCAUCAACGGACGUUACAUUUACCCAUCUCUCCCUUAUUCCCCUGUCACGUCUCCUCACUCGUCACCCCGUUUGCCCCGCAGACCAACCAUAGAAUCACACAGAGUAUCUAUCACAGGGCUUCAGGACUGUGUGCAGCUCAAUCAAUAUACCCUGAAAGACGAAAUUGGGAAGGGCUCCUAUGGAGUUGUGAAGCUGGCCUACAAUGAGAACGACAACACCUACUAUGCAAUGAAAGUGCUUUCUAAAAAGAAGCUGAUGAGGCAAGCGGGAUUCCCACGCCGGCCGCCCCCUCGGGGUGCCAAGCCCCCUCCCGAAGGCUUCUGCCAACCCAAAGGGCCCAUUGAGCAGGUCUACCAAGAGAUCGCCAUCUUGAAAAAGCUUGACCACCCAAACGUGGUGAAGUUGGUGGAGGUGCUCGAUGACCCCAGCGAGGACCACUUAUACAUGGUGUUUGAACUUGUGAAGAAAGGGCCUGUGAUGGAAGUGCCAAACCUUAAACCUCUUACUGAAGACCAGGCUCGGUUCUACUUACAAGACCUAAUUAAAGGCAUUGAAUACUUGCACUAUCAGAAGAUCAUCCACAGGGAUAUUAAGCCUUCCAACCUCUUAGUCGGGGAAGACGGUCACAUCAAAAUAGCAGAUUUUGGAGUGAGCAACGAGUUUAAAGGGACGGAUGCCUUGCUCACCAACACAGUGGGCACACCAGCAUUCAUGGCUCCAGAGACCCUUUCAGAAACCAGGAAAAUAUUUUCCGGAAAGGCUGUGGAUGUCUGGGCAAUGGGGAUAACGCUCUACUGUUUCCUCUUCGGACAGUGCCCUUUCAUGGAUGAGCGGAUUCUGAGUUUACACAGCAAAAUCAAGAGCCAGACGCUGGAAUUUCCAGACCAGCCGGACAUUUCAGAUGAACUGAAGGAGCUGAUUACGCAGAUGCUGGACAAAAACCCAGAAACCAGGAUCACCGUCCCAGAAAUUAAGGUGCACCCUUGGGUCACCAAGAACGGAGCGGAACCCCUCCCCACGGAGGACGAGAACUGCACCCUUAUCGAGGUGACCGAAGAAGAAGUCGAAAAUUCGGUCAAGCACAUCCCCAGCUUGGCCACGGUGAUCCUGGUAAAAUCUAUGAUCAGGAAACGAUCUUUCGGGAACCCCUUUGACGGGAGCAGAAGAGAGGAGAAGCCCACCUCUACCCCGGGCAGCCGGUUGACGAAGCCAAGCAACGAGGACAAUCUUAAGAGUAUUAACGACCUGCCCAAUGUCGGCGAGGACGAGUUGCUUUCUUGAAACGAGUGAUUCGGGUUGAUGCAAAGCUACCGACCAUCACGACGACUUCUUUAUUUUUCUGCAAAGCGUAUGUCGGGAGAAAGGUUCCGCGCCUACGCUGAACUGGCCAGCGGUUUCAUCAUGCUGGGAAUCGGAGAUCUGCUGAACAUAAAGGAGUUUUAAUUUUGUUAAAAACUAAAAUAAACGACAGCAUGCACUACAAACCAAAAUCCAUCCACAGGUCAUCAAGAAUGACCAUUUCUGGAUCGCUUCUGGGACCACAAGCAGGGCUAACCUGCUUAGACGCAAAUCUGGAUCAGCACCUGGUGUCGAUUUUACGAACGAGCGAGCGAAAGAAAGAGGUUUUGGACUGAAACAAGCGCGAUCGGACCAAAUAUUUCAAAGAAAAACUACGGUCUGUGUUUUCGAAACUUCGUCCGGAAGCGAUGCUUUGUGUCCCACUGGGAGUAGAACGUGUUUUUGCUAUCUGCCAGGAACGUACAUCUUUUCUAACUUGUGUUUAAUAUUUUUCCCUUUGUAUUGACAUUUUUUUACUGUACAGAAAGCAAACAAAGAGGCCACAUGACGGGUUUUUAGUAACGUUUUGCUUUUUUGGAAGUACCUUAUUUGCAGCUUCGGGCUUGGUUUUCCUAGAGCUUUUAGGAAACCCGAAACCUUAAAAACAGAUUGAUGUAGAUUUUGAGUCCUCCAGAAGUAGAACGGAAAAGGAUUUUCUUUCUUUCUUUUAUUUUGUUUUAGGGCUCACAACGCUAGAGUCUUGAUGGGCUUCAACAUGGCCGUGUUCAAGCAAAAAUUUAGAACUGCUGGGUGAAUUAGAUAAAUCUGUGCAAUUUCUCAAAGCACUACGAUAAAUUACUGUCGUUUCACAUGCCUUCGAUGCCUAUAUAGAUCUGUUUUUAAAAUCCAGGGUCUUUAACAAAAUAAUCUGACACUUCUUGAUGUGUUUCCUGGUUUAAUACAAGAUAACAUAAUGCCUCUGCAUUUUUUAAUAUGCUCCAGCCAUUCAUAAUGAAACAACACAUAAUGUUACAAACUUCUCUUACUAUCUGCUUAUAAGCAACAAUAGCUACUUCCUAAUUU